AUGGCAUUUUUUUCAAUUCAUCGUUAUCGUCUAUUUGACGAUCCAUUUGGUGGAUUCUUUAAUGAUCAAUUAGAUAUCUUCGAUCCAUGUAAUAAAUCAAAUUAUGGUAAAAAUCUAGCAACAACAUCACGACCACCGAAUGCAGAACAAUAUCGCAUUCAACUUAAUGUAACAGAUUUCAAUCCAGAAACAAUUAAAACAAAAGUUGAGGAUCGAAAAGUAAUUGUUGAAGCUAAACAAGAAGAUCGUCAACCUAAUAGUGCUUAUAAUAUUUGA